UGGAGAGGUAGAAGCCGUAUUAACUAUUAAUUAACCUAUUCUAUUCCUUAAUUUAAUUAACAACAGGGCCCACACAUCUCUAUUGUGUUUUCAUAUUUUGUAUAUUUUUAUUGAAAAUGCCAUUGGCAUUAGAAUGUUGUUCAAUUUUGGACGGGCAUCAAAACAAAGUCUGGUGUUUAGCAUGGAGUCCCAAGGGAAACAUAUUAGCUUCGUGUGGAGAAGAUAGACAAAUCUAUUUAUGGAGCAACGAAGAUUUAAAAUGGUGUUCUAUAAAAAUAGCAACUCCUCACACUCGCACCAUUCGAUGUAUUUCAUGGUCACCUUGUGGAAAUUUUCUGGCAAGUUGCAGUUUUGACGGUACUUCUUGUAUUUGGAAUUCCUCAAAAAACUUUGAACUUGUUGCCACCCUUGAAGGACACGAAAGUGAGGUGAAGUGCAUUGACUGGUCUAUAAGUGGCCUAUUCCUCAGUACCUGCUCCAGAGACAAAUCUGUCUGGAUCUGGGAAGCUUCUCUAGAAACAAACGAAUUUGAAUGUGUUGCAGUACUUCACAAUCACACACAAGAUGUCAAAAAAGUCAAGUGGCAUCCUUUAGAAGAUGUGUUGUUUUCUAUAAGUUAUGACAACACUAUAAAGAUAUAUGCUUCAGAUCUUGACGGAGAGUGGAACUGUAUCUUUUUACUUGAUGGCCACUCAUCAACUGUUUGGGGAAUUUCAUUUGAUGUGAAUGGAGACAAGGUAUUGACUUGCAGUGAUGACAAGUCCCUUAUACUUUGGAAGAAAAUUCCUGACAAGUACCACAAUUACGUGAAGAUUAAUUCAUACCAGCAUCAAAAUGACUGUCCUAUUUAUGACGUUUCUUGGUCGAAAAGCAACUUUAUUGCAACUGCUGGUGGAGACAAUAAGAUAAAUGUGUACGAGGAAUCAAAUGAUGAGCUAAGUCUUGUUUUGCCCUUAUCAGGAGCUCAUUCACAAGAUGUUAAUUCAGUUUCCUGGAACCCGUGCAAUAACUUGCAAAUGGCAUCAUGUAGUGACGAUGGGCUUGUUAAAAUAUGGAAAUUUAUAUUAUCCUGA